GGAAACGCGUUGCUACACGUUAAGUAACUUGACAGCAGCGGUACCGUUGGCAGCAGCGGUGCCUAGCACCCCAACCACCGGCUGAAAUAUCACCGCUCCCUCGGUGUGUGCGUGUGUGUGUGUGUGUGUGGGGGGAGCGCCGUCACACCCGGUCCGGAGGUGUGUGUGUCAUAUUAACAGGUGACCGCACUGAAACUGACCGGGUCGCAGGUUUGUUCCUUCAUACACGGAGAGCUACGUCAAUGGGAAUCCCCAGGCCAGCCCGGCCCAGUCUCCCCCAGCUCCUGGAGCCAGAGUCCAGUCUGAGCACAGUGCGAUCGUCAGCUCCAUCGAGAAGGACCUCCAGGACAUCAUGGACUCUCUGGUGAUGGACGACCCCCAGCCGUCUUCCUCGGAGGGCAGAAAGCCCGCCGGAGGCCCAUCCAUUGCCCACUCCCCACUGUCGCCCAUGGUCAACGGCGGUGGUCGGUAUCUGCUGUCCCCUCCCACCAGCCCCGGCGCCAUGUCUGUUGGGUCCAGCUACGAGAACACAUCGCCUCCCUUCUCCCCCCUAUCCUCCCCCUCGGCAGCCAGCAGUGGGAGCUUCACAAGCCCGUCUCCUAGCGGAGGACCCCAGGACCAGAGUUCUUGUCUGCUGCCGCCAGUGCCUGUACGCUCCUCUAGCUACAACUUCACCACCGCCCAGCCUCCGCCCGUACCCCAGCCGCGGACCAUACUGCUGAGCUUCAGCAGCGGUGGGGUGGGCCAGAAGGUUCAGGAUAGCCCCCGGCUGCAGAGGAAGGUCCUAAAAGAGGCCCCUCAGAGCCCCAAGCCGAGCCGCAGAGGACUAGGCCAAGAGGGGUCAGAGAGCCCUCGACUUCUGUCCUCUAAUGAAUCUCUGAGUGGCAGAAACAUUGUGCCAAGUAGCCCCAGACACACUCCCAAAUUCCCCACCUGUCCAUCCCCGUCUCCCUCCAGUCCCAGGACCAAGACGACCACGGUGCUCCAGGAAAGGCCUGCGAGCCCUUUCAGAGACCAGACCAGUCUAGCUGAUUGCAUCUCCAGGCAGCUUUCCCAACCCGCCAGAGCCUUCCAGCCGCCCUUGGACCCCAUCGUCCACAUCAUUCAAGGAUCACCGCUCCAGCAGCAUCAUCCUCGUUCGCUGCAGCCCCCCGAAAGCCCUCGCAUGGCCAGGAGGAACAUGGAACUGAACGGCAGCGGCAGCAGUAUGAGGGAGCUGCCGCCUCUUAGCCCCUCCAUGGCUCGGAGAGGGGUCCCGGUACUUCCGGGAGCGAUCCCUACCUUGAGGACUCCGGAAAGCCCCUCGAGUUUGGGCAAGCUUAUCCCAGAGAGCCCCAGGCUCCGACGCAGGUCCGGAUCCACAUCGGAGGAGCCCACGUGCGGCAGGGGGAUCCGAGCCCGCAGUCCGUCGCCGACCUCCAUGAUGAUGGAGGGUGGCGGUGGUGGAUCGGGAGCACGCAAGGCGAGCUUUGGGAACUCCCUGUCGCCCGCUUACAGUCUGGGCUCCCUGCCCGGCUCGUCUCCCCUGUCGAGCCCCAGGAGCCACAGGAAAAUGUCCGCGGGGAGGCCGCACCCCGGGAUGAGGGAGCGGAAGAACAGCAUCUCGGAGAUCAGCGACAAUGAGGACGAGCUGCUGGAGUACCACCGACGACAGCGAGAGGAGAGGCUCAGAGAGCAGGAGAUGGAGAGACUGGUGAGUCUGGAUCACACGACAAACUGUUAUUUAGUUUGUAUUUAAAGAAGAACACAUUUACCCGAUACGUCACAGGGUUUGAACCCUCGUCUUGCUCAUGACUUUGGGUCAGUUUUACAGUCGAGUUUUGUUUCUGAUGGCAUCAUUCCAUCAGGGUGUUCAGGUUAAGACGGAUACUUUAAUGCUGGUGUUAUCAUUCCACUAAAAAUAGUGACGGUUCAUCAACCUUGGGAGUGACGAAACUCAAGGUUUUCCUUUGAGGAAAACAAAACUUGUAGCUGCUUCUGUUCCAGUUCAGUUUUUUUUUGCUACAUCGGCUGAAGAAUAUUUAAGAUAAAUAAGUGAACUUACCAAAGUCUUGUUUCUCAGAACUCAUGACGGGAAUGAGAAGAUUGUUGAAACAUUCAUUUAGUUAAUUUUGGUGUUUUGAGGUUCACAGAAUGGGGAAAGCUACAAAAUCUAGAAGUCACGGUUCGGUAUGCUUUUGUUUCAGCGGGGAAACCAAAAAUAUAAAUUAUGAAUUGAUUUUUAUCUACGGUGGCUCAUUGGUCACAAUUCUUACUGUAACAGUUAAGGCACUCACGUGCUGGGAUAUUGUUACUAAGAAAAAAUAAAUAACAGAAAUGACAGAAGAUGCUCAUGUUUACUGGAACUAUUCUACACGAGUAGUUUGUAAAUAUUGUUUCUUGUCCGAAUGAGUCUGUUGGAACGAGUUUAAUGCAGAUUUGAAUAAAGUAAUAGAUAUGAUUUCAUAUUUAGUUUGACAGAGAACACUUCAGUGUGUCGUGAGAGGAUUAGAAGAAGACCUUCGUUAGUGUGAUCGUCACUUGAACUUGUCUGCCAGUCUGAAUGAAACUGGCGUGGUGUUUUCCGUUCCGUCACUUCCUGUUUCCUUCACCUACAUUCCCCUGGGUCCUAAGCCCCUCCAUGUA